GCCGGGGUGAGUCCGGGCGACGCCGGGCUCAGGGGCAUCGGGAUGUCACUGUCCCCAGAUAGGAAUCCGAAGGGUGGUUCGAGUGCGGACACGCCGUCGCGCCGUCCCCGUCAGACACGCGAUCUGGGCUCCGGACACUGGUCUCUGGGGCAAGUUUUCAAUUUCAAUAAUCUUUAAAUGACACGUGGGUAAAACCUUAUAUAAAGAAGAGAGACUCCAAUCAACAAUAUCAAUAACAAGUUGGAAAAGAACGAUGUUGUCCUUAAACAACCUGCAAAAUAUCAUCUAUAACCCGACAGUCCCCUAUGUUGGCACCAUUUCUGAGCAGCUGAAGCCUGGCUCUUUGAUUGUAAUCCGCGGGCAUAUUCCUAAUGAUGUGGACAGAUUCCAGGUGGACUUGCAGCUCGGCAACAGCCUGAAGCCGAGGGCUGACGUGGCCUUCCACUUUAACCCUCGCUUCAAAAGGUCCAACUGCAUUGUCUGUAAUACGCUGACAAACGAGAAAUGGGGCUGCGAGGAGAUCACCUACGACAUGCCCUUCAGAAAAGAGAAAUCCUUUGAAAUCGUGAUCAUGGUACUAAAGAACAAAUUCCAGGUGGCUGUGAAUGGGAAGCACACUCUGCUGUAUGCCCACAGGAUCGGCCCAGAGAAGAUAGACACGCUGGGCAUCUAUGGCAAAGUGAAUAUCCAUUCCAUCGGUUUCAGCUUCAGCUCGGGUUUACAGAAUAUGGAAACAUCUCUGGGACUGACACAGAUAAGUAGAGAAAAUGUCCGGAAGUCUGGCAAGACACAGCUGAGCCUGCCAUUUGAAGCAAGGUUAAACACCUCCAUGGGUCCUGGACGAACCGUUGUCAUUAAAGGAGAAGUGAAUGCAAAUGCCAAAGGCUUUAACGUCGACCUAGUGGUAGGAAAAUCUAGGGAUAUCGCUCUGCACUUGAACCCACGCCUGAAUGUGAAAGCAUUUGUAAGAAAUUCCUUUCUUCAGGAUGCCUGGGGAGAAGAAGAGAGAAAUAUUACCUGCUUCCCAUUUAGUCCUGGAAUGUACUUUGAGAUGAUAAUUUACUGUGACCUCCGAGAAUUCAAGGUUGCGAUUAACGGUGUGCACAGCCUGGAGUACAAACACAGACUUAAGGAGCUAAGCAGUAUCGACACGCUGGCAGUGGAUGGAGACAUCCAUUUGCUGGAUGUAAGGAGCUGGUAGCUACCGUGACCGCAAAAAUCCCUAAAAUACAGAAUGGCUAAUGGGCUACUGGCCAUGUCGGAUGCA